AUGUUCUUUGAAGAGAAGAGAAGCCAGGUCGUGCCCGCAAUGUUAAAGGGUCUAAAAAAUGCAGAUGAUAAGGGGACUAUUGAUGAGAUCUCGUCCGUGAGCGCACGACCGAAUGCUAAGAGAAAGGGAAUCAGUCUAGGGCCCGUGGAGAUCAUCUCGGGGUCCCGUAGGGGGGCCAGCGUUGGGCCCGCAAAGAUAUUUGGGGCCGCUAGGUCGAGGCAAAUGUUGUGGAGGCCCGAGAUGUCCACUCCAGUUCAGAGCUGGAGAAAAUCGUGCUACUGGAAGUUGCAGGGCAUAACUGAAGAGAAGGCGAGCUCGGGCAAGGGCUUCUCGAGCGUGGCCCAAAGCGGACCCAAGAAACUGUUCAGGGAAUACGUGGCGAACCAUAAGAAGCUGUGGAGGCCCGAGAGGAAUGUGGCUAGCCGGUACAACAAUUUGAACUCUGGUCAGAUCCCCUCAGUGGGAAAUGGGUCCUUGCCGGAAAAGGAUGAUGGUUAG